ACUGCUCCUGAGAGAAGUCUAACAAGUAGUAGUAGUAUCAGACUCUCCCUUUAAUACUACUACUUCGGCUUCUGUCAUUUUCCUUCUGAUUCUUCCUCUCCGCUAGAAUCUCCUUUUUCUUUCUUUCUUUCCACCUCCUCCUGCUCUUUCAGAUCUCGUUCAAAAAAACAAAAACAAAAAAAGUUGAUCAGAAGUCUAGCCAGAUAUGGGCAAAGACUGGUUGUACUGGGGCGGCGGCGGCAGCAACAACAGCAGUAGCAGCAGCACCAAGACCGGGGGAAGCGGCGGCAGCGGCGGCGGCGGCCGAAGAUCCACAAAGAAAGAAAGAGUAGAAGGAAAUCACACAACUUCUGGCUGUAUGAAUGCUGUCUUUCAACUCUUUGAUUUUCACCAUUUUCAGUUCCCUUUACACCACCAACGCCAAGUACCGCCGCCUCUCCAGCCUGACUCUUUCCUCCCUGAAAAACCCAUUAGAGGAGUAGAAGCACCAAGGAACAGCUUGGAGAUGGAGGAGGCCUUCGCUUCAUUUCCAUCAUCAAUCAUGAAAGGGGAGGAAUCUUUCAAUAUCCCAAUGGGUAUCCAAGUCAAAACAAGAACGGACGACUUGUCCUCGGAGUUUAGCACCUCUCCGGGGUCCAAGACUCCGAAUCUCGUGGCCAGGCUGAUGGGCCUCGAUGUUCUUCCUCCAGCUGAUACCUGCUCCACCUCGUCGUCGUCCUCGACAUGCGUUCGCCCGUCUAAAUCCCGCCCGCAGAUGGGUCAAAGCCGGUCGAGCAGAGUCGGAGCCAGGCAUCUUUUUGACACCGACAUCAUCGGGACCCGUUCGUUACCGGAGACUCCGAGAAUAUCUUCCGCCAGGAGGUCAGACGUCGAAUACCACCACCGGCUUUCGCUCCAAAUCAACAAGGAAAACGCCGGAGCAACCAACGAUUUGUCCGCGAUGAAGGGAGUUAGGAGGAGAGAUCAAGUUCUGAGACAUGAAGAUGAGAAUUUAAGCCCGGGGGGCAGAUAUGCAAGGCAGAUUGUGAAGCAAGUUAAAGAAAAGGUGAGCAGGAGAGCUGGUCUUGACAUAACCAAUACCAUGAGAAACAGAGAGACCAGAGGAAAAGACCACGAUGAUGGUGAUGAUCAUGUGGUUUUACUUAAAGUAAGGAAACCGUCAAAGGGUCCAGAAAUUGCUUGCGAUGAAUCAAGUCCAAGGCUCAGGAAACAGAAUCAAGCGACCACUCACUCUCCAAAACUGACAUUGCAGUCCCCGUUAUCUUCGUCCAUUAACGGAACUUUAUCUCAACCGGGAAAAAUUCCGUUAAAGCAAAAGUCACAACCAGUAGUACCGGUACAGGAUCCGGAGUACCAGAAACACAGGAAGACUGCGAGUCAUGAUCAGGGUCACUGUCCACUGUUCAAAAAGCACCCAGCAAAUUCCAACGUGUAUCGGAACAAGCAAGAAGAGCCCUUUGUUCGGUCCUCGUCAGUGACCAACAGGACGAAUCAUUUGGACAAGAAAAGCAAGAAAACUCCCUUAUCUAGCGAACUCCUCAAUACCAAUGUCCCUACCCUUUUUCCAGUCAAGAAAGACUACCCUUCUUCUUCAGCAGCAAGAUUUCCUCAAAAAACGGCACAUGGAGGAUCUGACGCUGUUCCAUCGAAAAGGAGCCCACCGCAGUUAUCUAGCAGUACGAGCCAGGUGACGUACAAGCUCCAAGCAAACAAACACACGCCCACCGUCCAAGACCUCAUAUCCCUCUACAAUAGCUCCAACGGCGCCACCAACGGCGGUGGAACGGCGUUUCACUACAUCACAAGGAUACUCAAACGCACCGGAAUAGACAAAAAUGCCCCGUUGUCCUUCGCCCAAUGGUACUCGCCGUCGCACCCGCUUAACCCCUCUCUCUUCAACCACCUCGAAAUAUCCUUCCCCAUUCUCACCACCACCGCCGCUGCCACCACAUUAUUAAUCGACUCUCACUUGAAGCAUCGGUGCAUUCGGAAGCUAAUCUUUCAACUAGUGGACGAAAUCCUGGUGGAGAUUUUGAAGCCUUACGUGAGUUUAAACCCAUGGGGAUCUUGGGUUCGGUUCGGUCAUUCGAUUCAUGGGUCGGAGUUAAUCGAGAAAAUAUGUGCGGAAAUCAGAAGCUUCCCGUCAGCAGAUUGCCAGGUGCUCGAAGACAUCGACGCGCUAAUUGAGAAUGAUUUGGGUAGGUCAGAGCUGAGAGGAGCGGUGGCGUUGGAAGAGGAAGGGGAGGCCAUAGUUGCGGAGCUUGAGGAGGACCUUGUGGAGUCACUAGUGCAUGAAAUGACCAUGGGAGUACUCUAGUGUUUGGGAUGGGGAACAAGGGCUGACGUGGGUCGCGUAGGAACACGUGAUUGGAUACUGUUCGUCGGGUCGGGGUGGGGCCGGCUUUACCUAGAUUAGGGGACUUUGUAGUUUAGAGGUUACACGUCGGAUUUGUAAAGAAGUGUGGGGCACACUGCCGCCACGUCUCCUUUUCUACCAUACAUGCGGUAGGUUUCAAAAAUAAAAUGAAUGAGGCUCCUCAGUCCUCAGUCGGCACGAUGUGUGAUAGGAAACGAGUCUGAGGCACCACGUGACGGUGCCCAUAGGUACUGAAUAAUCUUUCAUGAUAACGACCUCCCAAUCAUUGGUUAUCACAGGUUGAAGAGUGGGAUUCUUCUGAAAUCUCUUUGUAUAUAUAUUCACCUUAAUUUUUGUUUUCUAGAGUAGAUACCAUCAUCCUUUAUUAAGUGACGGGUUUAAUUGUGUAUCUUAUGCUAAGUGCUAGCUGAUUUCUCGUGAUAAUUUUCUUCCAUGUAUUGAUGUGACGAAAAAACCACUGCACCUAGUUCCUCCAUAUAUACUUCCUCCGUCUUCAACGGUUGGUUCUUCUUUUUGUCCAAGAAAA